AUGAUUGAUGUUCAUUGUCAUUUGGCCGACAAUAAGUUCAAAUGCGAUUUGCCGGAAAUUCUCGAAGCGGCUCGUCGCGCGGAAAUUCGCAAAAUUGUUGCGGUUGCCGAAUUCCCGUCCCAAUUCGAUAGGCUAAUCGAGAUUUGCCAACAGAAUCCGGGAUUCGUCUACGCCGGAAUCGGUGUUCAUCCGAUUCAAAAAAGGAAUAAAGCGGCAAAGUUGAAGCAUCUGGAGAAUGUUGAGAGCUAUUUAUCAAGAUUUCAGCAAUAUAUCGUCUGUGUUGGCGAGAUUGGCUUGGAUCACACAUCUUCUCAAUUCAAGCUCUCUGUUGAUGAUUUAAAAGAGCAGGAGGACGUUUUUCGGAAACAAUUGGAAUAUUCCAGGCAAUUUGAUCUACCUGUAAAUGUGCAUUCACGUAGUGCUCCAUUGCGGACUAUUGAAGUUCUGAGGUCCGAGAAUAUCGAAAAUGUGAUUUUGCAUGCUUUUGAUGGGAAUCAGGAAGAAGCUGCGAUGGGAGUUCAAGCUGGGUACUAUUUCUCAGUGCCGCCCAGUUUUGAGAGGAGCGCCGAUACUCUUGAAGUUGUGAAAACGAUUCCAAUGGAAAAUCUACUAUUGGAAACCGAUGCUCCGGCUUUAGGACCAUUGAAGGGAGAAAGGAAUGAGCCGAAGAAUCUUGAAGCUUCUGUGGAUAUUAUUUCAAAAUGUGUGCAAAACGGGCCCAAAUUGCUUGUUAUGGAAUUCUCAUCGAAAUUGUCCGUCUUAAUCGGCCAUUCGCCGGAAUCUCUUCAUCUCAUUUGA